AUGACCUUGUAUUUUCGAAUGAAUUAUUAUUCAACACAUCUCGAUGAAUUACCUGAUAGCUUUUAUGAGAAAUCAACCAUGUCCAUGCAGCAACAAGCAUCACGCCCAAUUCUUUUAGCGGCCGCCUCUUCGGGUGGAUUUCCCUAUGCAGAGGAAUUUGCAUACUCCAUUGCUGUUCAAACAUCAGGUCAUUGGGAACAAGAUAAAAAAGUAGUGCAAUUCGUUCGAGAUUAUAUCAAGAAGAAGUUUAAAUUGAGAACUUUUCAUCUUGUACUGUGUGAUUUAAAUGCAAAGGAUCAAGUGGAGGCAGUCGUAAUCGAUACAUUGAAACUCGCACAAAAAUUCCAAGUGGACAUGAUGAACCGUCUGUUCAUCUAUCUUUCCAAUGAUGAAAAUCACAUCAAACCAUUGAAUCAUUCCAAAAGUUGUCUCACCAUGUAA